AUGACUCAGUCUAGGGCGCUCAGGAUCUACAACACUUUCCACCACUACCGUGACAGAAACCCCAACAACGACCUCUGUUCCAUCGACUACAAGUUCAACGGAAUCUACUUCACCUUCAACAACUACUGUGACAGAAACCCCAACAACGACCUCUGUGCCAUCUACUACAACUUCAACGGAAUCUACAUCACCUUCCACCACGAUUGUAACAGAAACCUCAACAACGACAUCUGUUCCAUCGACUACAACUUCAACGGUAUCUACAACACCUUCACAACUACUCUGACAGAAACUCCUACAACGACAUCUGUUCCAUCGACUACAACUUCAACGUUCAACGGUAUCUACAACACUUUCAACGACUACUGUGACAGAAACCCCAACAACGACCUCUGUGCCAUCUACUACAACUUCAACGGUAUCUACAUCACCUUCCACUACGACUGUAACAGAAACCUCAACAACGACAUCUGUUCCACUACUACAACUUCAACGGUAUCUACAACACCUGUUGAAUCGACUACAACUUCAACGGUAUCUACAACACCUUCCACAACUACUGUGACAGAAACUCCAACAACGACCUCUGUUCCAUCUACUACAACUUCAACGGUAUCUACAACACCUUCCACCACUACUGUGACAGAAACUCCAACAACGACCUUUGUUGAAUCGACUACAACUUCAACUAUCUACAACACCUUCAACGACUACUGUGACAGAAACCUCAACAACGACAUCUGUUCAAUCGACUACAACGUCAACGGUAUCUACAACACCUUCCACCACUACUGUGACAGAAACCCCAACAACGACAUCUGUUCCUUCUACUACAGGUUCAACGCUAUCUACAACACUUUCAACGACUACCGUGACAGAAACCCCAACAACGACCUCUGUGCCAUCUACUACAACUUCAACGGUAUCUACAUCACCUUCCACCACGACUGUAACAAAAACCUCAACAACGACAUCUGUUCCAUCUACUACAACUUCAACGCAACUACUCUGACAGAAACUCCUACAACGAUAUCUGUUCCAUCGACUACAACUUCAACGGUAUCUACAUCAUCUUCCAGCACGACUGUGACAGAAACCCCAACAACGACCUCUGUUCCAUCUACUACAAGUGCAACGAAACCUCAACAACGACAUCUGUUCCAUCUACUACAACUUCAACGGUAUCUUCAACACCUUCCACCCACUACUGUGACAGAAACUCCUACAACAACCUUUGUUGAAUCGACAACAACUGCAACAGUAUCUACAACACCUUCCACCACUACUGUGACAGAAACUCCAACAACGACGUCUGUUUCAUCGACCACAACUUCAACGGUAUCUACAACACCUUCCAGCACGACUGUGACAGAAACCCCAACAACGACCUCUGUUCCAUCUUCUACAAGUUCAACGGUAUCUACAACAAUUUCAACGACUUCUGUGACAGAAACUCCAACAACGACCUCUGUGCCAUCUACUACAACUUCAACGGUAUCUACAUCACCUUCCACCACGACUGUAACAGAAACCUCAACAACGACAUCUGUUCCAUCUACUACAACUUCAACGGUAUCUACAACACCUGUUGAAUCGACUAUAACUUCAACGGUAUCUACAAGACCUUCCACAACUACUGUGACUGAAACUCCUACAACGACGUCUGUUGAAAUGACUACAACUUCAACGGUAUCUGCAACGCCUUCAGCAACUACUCUGACAGAAACUCCUACAACGAUAUCUGUUCCAUCGACUACAACUUUAACGGUAUCUACAUCACCUUCCAGCACGACUGAGACAGAAACCCCAACAACGACCUCUGUUCCAUCUACUACAAGUUCAACGGUAUCUACAACACUUUCAACGACUACUCUGACAGAAACUCCAACAACGACCUCUGUGCCAUCUUCUACAACGUCAACGGUAUCUACAUCACCUUCCACCAAGACUGUAACAGAAACCUCAACAACGACAUCUGUUCCAUCUACUACAACUUUAACGGUAUCUACAACACCUUCCACCACUACUGUGACAGAAACCCCUACAACGACCGCUGUUUCAUCGACUACAUUUUCAACGGUAUCUACAACCCCGUCAACCACUUCUCUAACAGAAAACCCAACAUCGACCUCUGUUUCAUUGUCUACAACUUUAACGGCGUCUACAACAGCUUCAAUUACUACUCAGACAGAAACUCCUACAACGACCUAUGUUGUAUUUACGACAAAUAAAACUCCUACCGUAUUUACAACACCGUUCACCACUGAAAAAGUAUCUAAGAACGACGGCACAUUGCAAAAAGUAACAAUCACAGUCCCAAGAUCCAAUUUGACUACUACUACGCCCCACCCUAAAUUUACCACCGAAGAGGAAUCAACCACAAUAACAACAUCAAAGCCAACUACCCCAACUGUAUCAAUGCAAACUACAACUCCAACAGAAUCUACGAAUCCUUCCACCAACACUCUGACUGAGACAUCAUCAAAAACGACCACUCUGACAUCUAUAACAAAUCCAAAGACAACCGAAACAACUGCCACAACUUCUGUGACAGAAACACCAAAUACUGUAUCUACCACCGAAGAAUCAACCUUAUCAACCACAAUAUUAACAUCAACGCCAGUUUGUUCUGAUGUUGAUGCGAUGUCGAAGUAUGACUACAUUCCGUCCGAGAGGGUCCGUUUCCCAGAUCAUGAUCACCUCAAUGAAAUCAGGGACAAUCUGCGUGUUUCCGAACUUGGUUCGGUGACAUUUACUGAUGCUGUAUUAACCGUAGAAGUCUCGCUUAACCCUGAAGACGAAAUUGACUACAUCCAGCUCCCGGUGCACGAAGGCGUGAUUUCAUUUAACGUGUUUUAUUUAACUGAACAUGACCGAAAUUCAUGGAAAGAGCUGGUCGUUGACCAUAAAAAGGAUUUCGAAGCUGACGAGCGCGCGCAUUUCGUUGAGUUUCGGAAACAAAUCAUCGCAAUUAAGGUGAUAGUCAAUAGGUUUCCUCAGCAGAGUGAAGCUUCUAUCAAAUUAGUUGUUUUCGGGUGCUUUUAUCGUAUCCAAACAACAACAGUGGAGUUGAAAACAACGUCAAUUCCAACCACGUUCUGUGAAGACCUGGUUCGAUUGAAUAAUGACACUAUUUACGAGAAAGAUGUAAGAGUAAGCGGGAAUUAUGAAGGUAUUCUGAACGCCACUAGCAAUGACGCCAACACUCAGUACUAUCUGCAUCCUGAAGAUGAAGGAUUAGAGACCAUCGUGUUUGAUUUAAAGAAGGAGUAUGUGCUCAUGAAGAUAGAAUUUGAAUCUCAAUUUGUUGAAGAGGUUACGAUACAGAUUUUAAAAUCCGCCGGCGAAAAUCCAGAGAGCCUGGUGGAAACAAUCGUCAACCCUGAGAUUGUUACAAAAACUACCAAAACGUUCCAGGAAAAAGAGUAUAAUGCAACUACCGUCACAUUCGAAUUUAGAAAAUAUACAGUUGAUCUAGACAGACGUCGUCCUAUGGUCAAAAAUAUUUCGGUGUACCCAUGUAUGGAAGAAGAGCCACCUCCUGAGUCGACCACUGCGACUAUAUCAACGUCAUUUACAACUCCAACAGUGUCUACAACACCAUCUACCACUACUGUAACACAAACAUCCACUACGACAUCUGUGACACCUACUACGACGUCAACGGUAUCUACAACACCUUCCACCACAACUGUGACAGAAACUCCUACAACAAGCAGUGUUCCAUCUACUACGACUUCAACGGUAUCUACAACAACUUUAACGACUUCUGUGACAGAAACACCAACAACGACCACUGUGCCAUCUACUACGACUUCAACGGUAUCCGCAUCCCCUUCCACCACUACUGUGACAGAAACUCCUACAACGAGCAGUGUUCACUCUACUACGACUUCAACAGUAUCUACACCACCUUCCACGACUACUGUUCUAUCUACUACAAGUUCAAGGGUAUCUACAACACUUUCAACGACCACUGUGACGGAAACUCCAACAACGACCUCUGUCCCAUCUACUGCAACUUUAACGGUAUCUACAUCACCUUCCACCACGACUGUAACAGAAACGUCAACAACGACAUCUGUUCCAUCUACUACAACUUCAACAGUAUAUACAACACCUUCGACCACUACUGUGACAGAAACCCCUACAACUACCUCUGUUCAAUCGACUUCAAAGUCAACGGUAUCAACAAGACCUUCCACCACUACUGUGACAGAAACUCCUACAACGACAUCUGUUGAAUCUACUACAACUUCAACAGUAUCUACAACACCUUCAACGACUACUGUGAUAGAAACUCCUACAACGACAUAUGUUCCAUCUACUACAACUUCAACGGUAUCUACAACACCCUCCACCACUACUCUGACAGAAACCCAAACAAAGACCUCUGUUCCAUCUUCUACAAGUUCUACAACACUUUCAACGACUACUGUGACAGAAACUCCAACAACGACUUCUGUCCCAUCGACUACAACUUCAACGGUAUCUACAUCACCUUCCACCACAACUUUGACUGAAACUCCCACCACGACCUCUGUUGAAUCGACUACAACUUCACCGGUAUCUACUACACCUUCAACGACUACUCUGACAGAAACUCCUACAACGACAUCUGUUCCAUCGACUACAACUUCAGAAGUAUCUAAAACACCUUCAACCACUACUCUGACAGAAACCUCAACAACGACCUCUGUUCCAUCUACUACAACUUCAACGGUAUCUAUUCCACCUUCCACCACAACUGUGACAGAAACCCCAACAACGACCAUUGUUUCAUCGACUUCAACGUCAAUGGUAUCUACAACACCUUCUAGCACGACUGUGACAGAAACCCCAACAACGAACUCUGUUCCAUCUUCUACAAGUUCUACAACACUUUCAACGACUACUGUGACAGAAACUCCAACAACGAUUUCUGUCCCAUCUACUACAACUUCAACGGUAUCUACAACACCUUCCACCACAACUGUAACAGAAACCUCAACAACGACAUCUGUUCCAUCUACUACAACAAGACCUUCCACCACUACUGUGACAGAAACUCCUACAACGACCACUGUUGAAUCGACUACAACUUCAACAGUAUCUACAACACCUUCAACGACUACUGUGACAGAAACUCCUACAACGGCAUCUGUUCCACCGACUACAACUUCAACGGUAUCUAUUCCACCUUCCACCACAACUGUGACAAAACCCCCAACAACGACCAUUGUUUCAUCGACUUCAACGUCAACGGUAUCUACAACACCUUCUAGCACGACUGUGACAGAAACCCCAACAACGAACUCUGUUCCAUCUUCUACAAGUUCUACAACACUGUCAACGACUACUGUGACAGAAACUCCACCAACGACCUCUGUUCCAUCUACUACAACUUUAACGGUAUCUACAUCACCUUCCACUACAACUUUGACUGUAACUCCCACAACGACCUCUGUUGAAUCGACUACAACUUCAACGGUAUCUACUACACCUUCAACAACUACUCUGACAGAAACUCCUACAACGACAUCUGUUCAAUCGACUACAACUUCAGAAGUAUCUAGAACACCUUCAACCACUACUCUGACAGAAACCUCAACAACGACCUCUGUUCCAUCUACUACAACUUCAACGGUAUCUAUUCCACCUUCCACCACAACUGUGACAGAAACCCCAACAACGACCAUUGUUUCAUCGACUUCAACGUCAAAGGUAUCUACAACACCUUCUAGCACGACUGUGACAGAAACCCCAACAACGAACUCUGUUCCAUCUUCUACAAGUUCUACAACACUUUCAACGACUACUGUGACAGAAACUCCAACAACGACUUCUGUCCCAUCUACUACAACUUCAACGGUAUCUACAUCACCUUCCACCACAACUUUGACUGAAACUCCCACCACGACCUCUGUUGAAUCGACUACAACUUCACCGGUAUCUACUACACCUUCAACGACUACUCUGACAGAAACUCCUACAACGACAUCUGUUCAAUCGACUACAACUUCAGAAGUAUCUAAAACACCUUCAACCACUACUCUGACAGAAACCUCAACAACGACCUCUGUUCCAUCUUCUACAACUUCAACGGUAUCUAUUCCACCUUCCACCACAACUGUGACAGAAACCCCAACAACGACCAUUGUUUCAUCGACUUCAACGUCAACGGUAUCUACAACACCUUCUAGCACGACUGUGACAGAAACCCCAACAACGAACUCUGUUCCGUCUUCUACAAGUUCUACAACACUUUCAACGACUACUGUGACAGAAACUCCAACAACGACCUCUGUUCCAUCUACUACAACUUCAACGGUAUCUAUUCCACCUUCCACCACAACUGUGACAGAAACCCCAACAACGACCUCUGUUUCAUCGACUUCAACUUCAACGGUAUCUACAACACCUUUCAGCACGACUGUGACAGAGACUCCAACAUCGACCUCUGUUCCAUCUACUACCCCUUCAAGGGUAUCUACAACACUUUCAACGACUAAUGUGACGGAAACACCAAGCACGACCACUGUGCCAUCGACUACAACUUCAACGGUAUCUACAGCACCUUCCAUAACUACUGUGACAAAAAAACCAACAACGACCACUUUUCCAUCGACUACAACUUCAACGGUAUCUACAACACCUUCCAACACAACUGUGAUGGUAACACCAACGACGACCACUGUGCCAUCCACUUCAACUUCAAUGGUAUCAACAUCUACUGUGACUUCGUCGUCCAUUACGACGGUUAUUCUAACAACAUUCGUAACGACUCCACACGUCUGUAUUAUCAAUUCGUCUUCCAUUCCUGACCUUCCCGACGGAGACAUUGUUGGUUACAUAGAAAAAGAUGGCAUUAAUGGAUUCACGGAUGAAUCUGAGGCCGUAAAAGAUGGUGAGAUGAUAUCGCAAGGUGUGGUUGUGCACAUCAAGUGCAUGAAUUGCUCAUGUGAACAUGGUGGCAAAAUGACGUGUAAACCAGAAGAACCGUGCCGCACAUGCGAUUACGAUCUGUGGGGUGAAUGGAGCAAGUGUUCGGUAACAUGUGGUGGCUCCGGUUGGAAGACGAGGACUCGAAUGUUGUUGUCCGGCAAUAUUCUUUGUCAAACGAAGGAAACCGAGAACCAGCCUUGUCACGAGGGUCCAUGUAUUGCAACGUCUACAACACCCUGCUCCACAUGGUCUACAUGGUCGUCAUGUGACUGCCAAACGAAGUCCAAAAGUAGGACACGUGCUGGGAACUGUGUAGACUACUUUGAAGAAGAAGACUGCUUUGAGGGAUGCACUACUACUAGUACGAUAAAACCAUGCGUUGAUCCGGAGAUUCUAGUUGACUGCUACAAUCUGUGUGAUGAUUCCUGUAAGAAUCUGCGCUUACCAGGAACCUGUGUAGAAUCAGAUACAUGCAGGCAAGACUGCCAAUGUCCUGCAGGCAUGAGACGUAUCCAAGGCAAGUGUGUUAACGAGACCAAUUGUCCAUGUUACACAAAUGAGGGAGAACCCGUUUUGCCCGGAUUUGAAAUGCCAACUGAUAAGCCAUGUGAAAAGUGCAUAUGCAAUGAGUAUAACGAGAAAACUUGCUCCGCUAUUCUUGGUUGCUGUGAGUGGAGCCCAUGGAAUGAAUGGUCAACAUGUUCAGAAACCUGCGGAGAGGGUAUCAGGAGGCGAGAAAGACAAAUGCACGGUGAUAACUGCGACCCCAAUGGACACGAGGAAACAGAGCCGUGCAACAUUCGAGAUUGUCCGCCCGUCUGUCUGCCCGACUACAAUCUUGGUGACGUCAUGUCAAACUGCACCUGCGAAAUUUGCUAUUGUGCUGGAGAUGGCACCAAAAAAUGUGAACCGAAAUCAGACGAAAACGUGAAUGGUGGCCUAACGCCAUGGUCCGACUGGAGCGAGUGUUCCAAGGGCUGCGACGGCGGGUACCACAUGAGGAACCGCUCGUGUACUAACCCCCCGCCUCGCUGUGGAGGCAUGUUCUGCAACGGGAGCUUAGUGGAAUCUGAACCGUGUAACAAGGGUGUAUCAUGUUGUGAUGUCACAGACUGGUCCCCGUGGUCAGAGUGCGACUCAGAAUGCGGCCCAGGCAACAAGACGCGGUCUCGUGAUUACAAAAGCCUGAGCUCAAGGCCCCUGUGCAACAAGUACCUUUCAGAAACUGUGUCCUGCACAGAUGUGGAACCAUGCGACACACAAUGCAUCAUGAGCGACUGGACUGAAUGGUCCAAGUGCAGCGUCACUUGCGGUUCCGGUUCCAAAACCCGAAAGAGAAACAUUGAGUCCGGUUCCGCCACAGUUUGUAAUGGCGUGGACGUAUUGGAGGAGGUUGGCUGCCAUGAAGUGGAUUGUACCUGCGAGCCUCCGUUCGUGUGGCGAAAUGACUCACUGUGCCAUUCCCAGACAUGUGGCCGCAGGGUAACCAAUGACGACUGUGCCGACAAGCUACUUCCGGCGUGUGUCUGCCCGGAGAAUAUGUACUUUAAAGACGGGGAGUGUGUCAAUAUUGUCGACUGCUUUAUGUGCAAUAUCAACGGGGUUGUGUAUAGGAACGGCGAGACAUGGCAGCCGACAGGAACUUGUGACAUCUGCCAGUGCAUUAUGGGAAAGGAAAUGUGUGAACCAGUUAUGGAGUUACCAGUUUGUGAGGUUGGAGAGACGAUCACGUAUGAAGAUGGCCCCUGCUGUCCGAAGUGUCGUGCCAUCCAAGCGUGUCAGUUGCACAAUAAGACGGAGACCCUCGUGCUCGACAACUGCAAGUCCAAGGCCGAAGUCACCUACCAGUACUGUGCGGGCACCUGCGGCUCCAGCAAGUCAGCGCCAAUGUUGUCCCUGUCCAAUGGUGCAACACCCACCACGGUUGAUGACUGCAAAUGCUGUAAGGGCACAACGACUGGAACGCGCGAUGUUAUUCUGCAGUGUGACAGCAAUGGCAGUAUAGAGGAGGUGGUUGGCUACCUGCCCCUUAUCACCGCCUGCAAGUGCAACACGUGCGAAUAGAGAAAUUGGGGAAAAGAAAAGAAGACGACCUGCUCGAGAUGUUAUGAAUUCGAAAACGUGUGUCUAAGACAUAUUGAACUUUGUGAAAAGAAAAUACUGUCCUCUUUAUAAGUGACAUUUACAUAUUUAUACUUUACGAAAAACAUUAAAUAAAAUGUAAUAAGACAUAUAUUCAUUUGUAUUGUACUUGUUAGUGAAUAAUAAUUAUUAACAUACAUUUUGCUACAUUUACUACAAUUUGAUAAAGCUACAACUGAAUGUUAUGUUAAAUAUAAACAUAAUUAAUCUUAAUUAUUUCUAUAUAAUGGCAAUUUUGUAUGCAGCAUUUUGUCAACUGUAUAAUCGUUUUAGCCAUAUAACGGUCAUGUUCUAAAUAUAAUUUUGAAAAUUUAAAAAUUACUGUGAUGUUUUAUGAAAGUUAAACACAUAUUUUUACUUUACUGGUUUUAUUACACGUUAUCCAUUUUAUUGUUCUCUUAUUAUGUUUAUCGUUAAAUUUUAUCUAUAGUUAAUACCUGAGUAUAUUAUGUCUGUUUAACUAUAAACUCUUUAUUUCUGAUAAAUAAACUCUAUUGCAAAGUU